AUGGCAGAUGUCGAGAUGGCGAUGACUGUCCCUAGCGACGAGGUAGAUGCGUCAACAUUGUCGUUGCGACCACGGUUCAAGAUCUCUGAACUCCCUCUCGCUAAAGAACAGCGCUCGGCUGUUGACGCGCUCCUGUUCAAGUUCAAGAAACAGGGCGGCUAUGAUACGUUGCGAAAACAGGUCUGGGCUGCUUACAACACAUCAGAAGCUAAAGACGUGCUUACACAGUCGAUCAACAGAGUAGCAGAAGAAGAGAUUGACAAGGAUCCAAAACUGCUAGGCCGAAAUCGAGGAACUGCUGCGACACUAAUACAGGGUGCUGUCGACCGCAGUGGUGUAUACCAAGAAGUCGAAUCUAGACUUGACAAGGAGAUCUUGAAACACCUUGACGGUGUACUCGAGUCUGUGAGAACAAUCCGCAAAGCAGACAUUGGCGAGGAAAAGGCUUUGGAGGAGAAAAAUAGAGGAAGUAAGACCGACGAUCAAUAUGCGGCAGAAACCGAACAAAGAGCCACCGAACGCCAGACCAGACGUGAGAAGCUGGAUCGACUAGCCAGAGAAACAGCAGCCUUGAAAGCGAAGCUACGUGCGCACGAAGAAAAGAAAGCUCGCGAAGAGACACUCAAAAGGGUCGAAGAAGAGCGAAAGAGAAAAGAGGCAGAGGAAGAAGCAAGGAGACUAGAGCGCCAGAGAAGACAGGAGGAAGAGGAGAGAAGGGAGCUCGACCGCAUCAAGGCUAGAGAUGAACGUGCCAAGAAGCGUGAAGAGGAGAGACUUCAGCGAGAGGUCGAAUACGAAGCAGAAAGACAGGAGCGUGAGAAACGGCGAAAGGAACGGGACAGCAGAGAUCCUUCACGACACGCACGUCGUGAAUCUGUCGACGUCAGAAAAGAGCCCCUGACUGAGAAGGACCUCGAGGCUGCUGCCCUGGAGUCUCUCCUCAACGAAGGCAAGGAGCAUGCCAGAAGAUCUUCGACUCGAAAGGAAUAUGAUUACGAUCGUGACGAGCGAAAGUCCAGAAAACGGGAUCGGUCUGUGGAUAGUUACAAAAAAGACGAGAAGCGCAGCAAAUCCCGAGAUCGAAAGAGUCGGACACGCGAAUCAACUCACCGUGAUGCAAGUCAUGAUGUUGAGGAGGGUGAGGCAGAAGGUAUCGAUCGAUAUGUGCCUGGUGGAGGUGUGCAUCGCAGCAUCGAAGAACGAGAAAGAGAUCGUGAUAAGCCACGAAAGAUGCGUGACACUCCCAAAGCUUCUGACCGUACAAAGACAGCUACGGAAAGACGUUACGAAAGCUAUACCGGCUCGACAACCUGGAAAUCAGAAGAGUAUGCCACUAAAGAAACCGAAGAUCGAGAUCGACGGAGAGAUGCCCAUCGAGAGGGUGACAGAGAUCGACCCCGAGAACGCGAGCGAGACCGGGAUAGAGACGACCGCGACAAGGACCGUGAUCGAGAGAGGAGAAGGUCACGCAGUCCAGCUAGGAAGAGAGACGACCGCGAUAGGCGUGAUGACAGAAGAGACGAAAGAAGAAACGACUACAGGGAACGGGAUGGGCGAGAUCGCGAAAGGGAUAGAGACCGAGAUCGUGAGAGGGAUCGUGAUCGCUACAAGUCCAGCAGCCAUCGUGACAGUCACGACGAGUACCGGCCUAGUGGUCACAGAGAAGACAGAGGUCGGGAUGAUCGAUAUCGCGAGAGUAGUCGAAGAGAUGGCAAAGACCGCGAUCGUGAAGUUGACCGACACUCCAGACGUUAG